UUGGGUUGUCAAUUUAUAGUUGACUAUAAAAUUGAGUACAAUGUACAUUUGUUAAAUUUGUAUACUCGUUUAUGAAAGUAGUCGACAGGACGAAUUGAAUAACAUACUUUUCGCAUAUAGAUCGUCAAGUUACUAGUUAAGGUCUUGAACUUUCAUUCAAUUUUCUUAUAUAUUUCAUCCUUAAUGAUGGAAUGAAACGGAUAAUCACUUACUAACUGGUAACCGUAUGCACCUCAAUUAGAGAUGCUCAUUACGAAAUCGUACUUCAUGUGGUGAAGCUUGAGUGGGCAGAAUCUGUCAUCAGUCUGUCUCAUCUCGUAUUUCCAAGCAAUCCACAUUUUCUACUUUAUCGAGUAUGUGAUAAGCAACAUUGACGGCAACACCGGCUGCGAGAAAUACAUACAUUUGAACUACUCAGCUUUGAAGAAAUAAAUGGAAAACAGUCGGCAUAUUUAUGCGACAGACGGAAUCUGUCAGUCAAGCUUUCAAGGGUUUUCACGAAUCUGACAUUGUUAUCCGUCGUAUAAUCGCGAAUUCUAUUUUUGACUGUGCAAAAUCUGCAAAGGUUGAGGAUUUUUGGUAAGUGAGUUAAGCAGUUCAGUAAUCUUUUAGCAAUUUGGUGAGCUGCUGUCCGUUAAACCCAAGCUUUGAUUUUACUUGGCGUGCAUACAUGAAAUGCUACACUCUUAAUGACAUACUUUGCAUUUUAAACUCGUCAUUAAAAUCGUCGGUCUGGAAUCUGGAUUGGCUGAUAUUAUUAUUAGUGCUCUUCUUAAGAAGAGGUUUGUUUUUCAACACUUGGUGCUAUCUCUCGUCGGUGAGCGUUUUGUUUGCAAAAUAUUUCUUGGAAUUUCCUUCCAACUUACUAGCUGUCGAUCAAAUCAAACAACAAAAGAAAGUCUAUGUACCAAAAACUGCGAAGGUUUUGCACCGUGUGAAAAGUGGAUGGAGUUGACUAGUUUUCAACUGCCUUAAACUAAUUGAGUUUCAAAAAUGUGCCAAAUUAUAGUAAACAAAUCGUUGACACUUUUCUUGCUGAUUGCAAAUUUAGUGCAUUGUGCAUAUCCAAAUCCAACAGAUCAGUUGACUGUCACGAUACUGCAUACCAACGAUGUUCAUAGCAGAUUUCGUGAGACGAAUAAAUACGGAGGAUCAUGUGCAGAAAGCGAACAAAGGAAUAACCAAUGUUAUGGAGGAUUUGCAAGAUUGCAUCACAAAGUCCAGGAAAUUCGGGAAUCACACAAAAAUGUGCUGUACUUAUCCGGGGGGGAUUAUUAUCAGGGAACCGUGUGGUACACGCUGUACAAGUGGAGAGUUGUAUCUACAUUUGUCAACAUUUUGAAUCACACAGCAAUGGCAUUCGGAAACCACGAGUUUGACGACAACGUUUCAGGACUCGUACCCUUUUUGGAUGCAGCAACUUUUCCACUUAUAUCCUCAAACAUUGACGAUUCUAAAGAGCCCUCGAUUCAGGGAAAGUAUAAGAAAUCGCACGUUGUAACGUUGGAGGAUGGCAGAAAAGUGGGCAUUAUUGGAUUCACAACACAAGAAACGAAGGACAUUUCAAAUCCUGGAAGUCUCAUCUUCAACGAUGUCGUUGCGUCAAUCAAGGCAGAGUCUGAGAGAUUGCAUAGCGAGGGGAUAACAAUGUUGAUUGCUGUGGGGCACGCUGGGUACGAUGUGGAUCAGAAAAUUGCGAAAGAAGUCCCACUAAUUGACGUGGUCGUUGGUGGACACACCAAUACGUUUUUGUAUACGGGAAAAGCCCCCGACCUUGAAAACCCUCUCGGCGAGUAUCCAACCAUUGUUGAGCAACCAAGUGGUCGUCGUGUCCCAGUAGUGCAGGCUUAUGCAUUCGGGAAAUACUUGGGCUACCUGCAAGUCAACUUUAAUUCGGAAGGGGAAGUCGUUUCUUGGGGUGGAAACCCAAUCUUAAUGGAUGCAUCUGUUCCUCAAGACCCCACCGUCCUAGAACUGGUAGAACUUUGGGGAAGAAAUGUGUCUGACAAAGUGAAAGAACAAAUAGGAAGAACACGCGUCUUUUUGAAUGGAUCGGAACAUGAGUGCCGGUUGAGAGAAUGCAGUCUUGCCAAUCUUGUCACUGACGCCAUGGUCCAUGUGAACCUCAAAUUUUCGGACAGCCUGUACUGGAGUGAUGUCACAAUGGCGAUCAUGAACGGAGGUGGUGUUCGAGCAUCGAUUGAUGAAGAAUCGAAAAAUGGAAGCAUCAGCAUGGACGACAUUCUGACCGUGCUCCCAUUUUCCAAUACCAUCGACCUGAUUGAAAUCCAAGGGAAUCAUUUAAGAGAAGCUUUCGAGUUUUCCGUGCAAGACUACGACCCAAAAGGGUUUCACUUGGCUGGGAAAUUUUUACAGGUUUCUGGCAUGAGAGUCGUUUACGAUAUUACUCAACCAAAUGGAAAAAGGGUUAAGAAAUUGUUGGUCCGAUGUAAAGAAUGUCGCGUACCAAAGUACGUUCCCCUGGAUGACGAUACCAUUUACAAAGUUGCGGUCCCCUCCUAUAUUGCCACGGGUGGAGAUGGGUUCGCAAUCAUAAAGGAGAAUGCACUAAGUCAUCACUUACAAGGAAUAUUGGACUCUGACAUGAUCGUCGAGUACAUAAAGUCUCAAGGUCCAAUAAUUCAAGGGGUUGAAGGACGAAUAAGCUUCGAAACCGGUUCUGCCGACUCUUAUUGUGGAUCAAGCUCAGGCUUGAGAUGCCAAAAUUAUUGGACAAUCUCAAUAUUGACGACUUUGCUGCUAAUCUUGAUACAAAAAUGUAUCUUGUACUAACAAACUCAACUCAUGCAAACAACUAAUGCAACUUAUGCAACACCACAAUAUAUGUAACCAAAAAGUACUCACAAUGCAAAACAAAGUCGGCCAAACAAAACCAGCAAUAAUUACUGUACAAUGGGCAAGUGAGCAAUGUCUAUUUCUCGCUUAAAUUAAAUAUUUACGAGCUUUUAAUAUACUUACACGAAUUACCAAAACUACUACUUUUACUCAACCGAAAGAAAUAAAUAUUUUUAGUGCAAAGUGUAACUAAUAAAUCGUGGCUACUGCUAAUUGAAACGCUUAUUGGUUUAACACUUUUUUUAUUUUCACGAAUAUGCCAAAAAAAUGAUGUUCCAUUAUAACUACUCAAUUUUAACGAGAGAAUAAAAGCUACAAAAAAUAUUACACGUGA